UCCGUGUUUGUUGAGUAGGAGCUACCGUUAACGCCCACUUGAGGUACUGCUCUUUUUUUCCCCUUCUUCUCUGCAGAGAGACGGCUCCAUUCAUAGGGUUGGGCAGGCGGGUAGGCAGGCAAAGUGCAAGAGCGUUAGGGACACUAUCAGCGACGUUGUGUGGAACCUAAAGGAUGGUCUCACGCUGAGAACAAGGCCACUUUAAACCGCGCUGUCUUUGUCAGCCAUCGGACCAUACCCCACAGUAAAGCCGAAACCAUCUCCUCAGGAAUGGAAUUCGAGUGUCUCGGUUGAACACUGGCGGUCUCAUCCUUUUUUUUUCCCGACCUGCCGCGGAAAUAGACUGACUUCCUUGUAGCCACUGCCGCAGACCUACCACUCCAUUCGAUUCAUUUAACCCAGGGCCGUCCGCGGACUGCUGGCUCAGGCAUCUGGACACAUCGGGACUGGUCUACCAUCGGUGAAGAAAAGCAAAAACGUGCCGCUGUGUGUGCUUUCGCUGCUUGUAUGAUGCCGACACAUUUGCGUUUCCGGAGAAGGUCAUUCCUUGGGCUUUUAUUCCUUUUUUCACUGUCCACCUCGGCACUGUAUUUCAUCUACUCCGCCCCCGGAAUCGUGAAUGAGUAUGUUUUCAUGGUUCAGGCCAGGGGCAUCCAGAUCAGAGAGAACGUGAAGAACAUUGGAGCUCAGGUUCUAGAGCAAGUGGUGAGGGGGGCCUACAGCAUCAAUGGGACAGAUUAUUCCUAUGACUUCAACUUCAGCGAGAGUGACGCCCCUCCCACGACAUACCUCCCUGAGGGUUUCACAUACCUCCCCUCGCAGGUUUGCCCUGAGAAGCUGCCCUCAAUGAAGGGCAGAUUGGAGGUGAACAUGACUGAAAUAUCUCUGGAGGAGGUCGAAAGGUUUUCGCUGGAGCGAGAGCCUAGCAUGGCCCCAGGAGGCUUCUGGAAGCCCACAGACUGUUUACCUCGUUGGAAGGUGGCGAUUCUGGUUCCAUUCAGGAACCGACAUGAACACUUGCCCAUCCUCUUGAGACACCUGGUGCCUGUGCUGCAGAAGCAGAGACUCCAGUUUGCCUUUUAUGUCAUAGAGCAGGGGGGUACGGAACCAUUUAACCGAGCCAUGUUGUUCAACGUGGGCUUCAAGGAGGCCAUGAAAGAUUUGGACUGGGACUGUCUGAUUUUCCACGAUGUAGACCACCUCAUGGAGAACGACAGGAACUACUACGGCUGCACAGACAUGCCCAGACAUUUUGCAGUUAAACUCGAUAAGUACUCCUACAUGCUUCCAUACAAUGAGUUCUUUGGUGGUGUCAGUGGCCUCAUGGUGAAGCAGUUCAAAAAGAUCAAUGGAUUUCCUAAUGCAUUCUGGGGCUGGGGAGGCGAGGACGACGACCUCUGGAACAGGGUGCAGUUUGCUAAUUACACCGUAAGUAGACCGCAAGGAGACCAGGGACGCUACAUGUCCAUUCCCCACCAUCAUCGUGGGGAAGCCCAGUUCCUGGGAAGGUAUACUCUUCUACGUCACUCAAAGGAGCGACAGAAAGUGGAUGGUCUUAAUAACCUAAACUACUUCCCGCUAGUCUCCAGAAGUCCCCUCUUCACCAACAUCACAGUCAGCUUGAGCAGAAAGCUUGCACCCAUAGCUGACUACUGACGCAGACAGAGCUGGACUGCUAAACACCUGGGAAUCAAAGUCCUCUGGGACAUCAGCCAUAUCUCACCAGUUGCAGCACUGCUUUAGGACUUUUUAGUUGACGAUCUUUGCUCUUUGUUCAUUAAUUUUUUUGCUUUUGUUUUUGUUUGUAUGCAAAAAGAAAAAAAUGGAGACCCAAAUUAGUACGUUUGAUAAAUCAUAUAAGAAAAUAGGGAUAAAUGCUGCACUUAUUUGUGCCACAGUUCAUCACUUCUCAUCUGGGCUUGUCUCCACAUGCCUUUUGCACCAUUUUGGCCUUCAGCAUCCAUUCCUCAAGGUUUUUUGUUUUGUUUGUUUUAUUUUAUUUAUUUUUUUGUUCCGUAACAUCAUUCUUCUGACGACGAUUAGCCGCCCUGCACUGUUGUGCUUGAUUACUAAAAAUAGGUGACGACACACACUGAAGUGCACGCUCACGCCGCACAUGCACGCUUUUUACAAGAGUAUGACUUAAAUGUGCUGACAUGAUCCUGGGCUUGGAUUGUCGUUUAUUUAAUUUAUUAUGGGUUUUAUUUCAUAAAUGCAGUACAACCUGUGAAAACAUUUGCAUGGAAACAUUAACCUUAGACCGCCACACAGCAACUUUGACCGAGUGGACUUCUUGCAGCUGGUUCUGCACAAGGUAUGCCAAAUCCACAAGUGAAGAUAGUGGGAAAAGAUGAUAUAUUGUAUGUGAAAUAGUUUAUUCUGAGUUGAAAAAAUAUUACUUCUUUGAUCAUCUCCUUAUUUGUAUUUUUUUUUUCCAUUGAACAUACCAUUUGAAGACUGUGAUGUUUGUGUUUGCAUUAGUCUCAUUGAAUGUUCUGGCUGCCUGCUAUGGCUGUAUGUUGGAGUGCAUUGCUCAUCCUGUUGGCAAUAAGCUGUAGUAUCACACAGCAGAAAUUAGCCCUGACUUCCUUAUUGUACAGAUGCAAUAGCAUGGGUGCUAGCAUACCCCCCAUUGGACUACAGAGAAGGAGCGACUGUGUAUGCAAAUUUCACAUUCAGUUUGGUUUUGCCUAAGCAAACGUGCCGCCUUUUUCAGAACUCACAUGUUUGUUUGUUUGCCUGUGUGUGUGUGUGUGUGUGUGUGUGUGUGUGUGUGUGCGUGUGUUCCCUGUCUGCGCGCAACUGAGGGCGAGCUAUGCAAAUGGCCUGCACGAGGCUCGUCAGUGCAAGUUCGUCAGGGGUGACUUGCAGGAGACGCCGUCUCUAAACUCUGACUUUAGACCUCACUUUCUGCACAAGUCCAGGCCAGGAAGAGAGAAACGGUUGCAGGUUGUAUUUUUAGAUCUCACGUUUUCUUAAUGGUAACUCGCCUUCAUUUUUCUUUUUCUUAUAAUUUUUUAUUUUAUUUUUUUUUUGUAUGAAAGAUUUGGAGGUAGAGAAUAACUGAUUGCUGUCAAUGGUGUUUACAGAAGUGUUUAUUUCUAGUUUUUUUGGAUUGUCUAGCGUUUGUAUUGCUGUUAUCCAGCUUCCUCCAUCCAGGGUGCUGUGAAUGUUGUAUGUCCAACCACGGUAUGGCUGCCUGUGUGUGUGUGUGUGUGUGUGUGUGUGUGUGUGUGUGUGUGUGUGUGUGUGUGUGUGUGUGUGCGUGCGCGCGUGCGCACGUGUGUGUGUGCGUGUGUGUGUGUGUGCGUGUGUUUCUUUUUAACUGACGUGUGUGCUUGCAUAGAAAAAAAAAGACGUCAGGUGAUGACCACUGAUUAGCUUUAUGUUCAGGCUUUGAGAUUUUGAUCUGGCUGAUUUAUUAUGAUUUUAUUAGUCUUGUUUUUAUAAUUAUUCCUGAGGCAUGCAGCCUAACACUGUGCUUUAACACAGUCUGACAACCCUCUGGUAUACACAGCAGCUCCUCUCUAAUUUGUGUUUGACAGUGUUUUGAUUACUGGGGAAAGCUCCCAGUACUUUAAGCAUAGUUCCUUUUUUUUUUUGUGAAUAUCUAUAUCACACCGACGUACUCUCCUCACCGUCUGUCCUCUAGUCGUUGCAGCUACAUAAUUUCACACAAAUCGCCUUGUAUGCAUUUCUUCAGACGUAUGUUUAGGUAGACACGUGGAUGAUUGAUUAAUUUGUUGUGUUUCUACGAUAAAAUAAGAAGUUUAAAAAAAAGAGGCUGGACCUCGCUCUAUUUAUUUGAUGGGAUAAUUUCCUUAAUCGUUCUUAUUUUUCUUGCGGUUGACGUGAUGACUUAGAAAGUGACUUCUGACAGACCGUUUUAGAUGCACUGAAACAUAGCUGUGUGUGUUCGUGUGGGAUUGUGAGGCUCUGUUCUGCAUUCCAUUUUUUAGUUCUGAUGCAGAUUUCUUCUCCAGACGUGGUGUGACUUGAGCCAGCUGUGAUGAAAUGGAAUGGUGCCUGUACUGUAGCCCCGCGUUAUUAACCUCCUGAGCAGACAUGUUGGAGGAGGCCAUUUUGUGUGACAACCACAGGAAGAGCAAGACACAGUUAGAUAAAUGCUGAUGGCCACUGGCUUCCACUGUUCACCUCUAUCAUAACUGAUAAUCAAUGGUGCUGACCGGCCACUUUCACCAUCGCAGAAGCUAUAAUUGUUUUACUUUUGUAUGAUAGCUUCCAUUGAUUCAACCCUCCAGGUGAAGCUUAUUCAUGUAUAUAAAGCUGAACUUCAUUCCCUCGUGCAAAACGCGUGCUUCUAUCCCAGCUAGUCACAUGGGGAGGUGCCCAGUGGAUGUCAUGGACAGCAGCAGCAGUUUGUGUUAAGUUUUCUUUUCCAUGUGUGUUUGAGUGAAAUGGCUAAACCUCUCAGAGGUCUAACCAUCCUCCAUCUACAUGUUCAAGCUUUUUUUUAUUUUGUUUACCAGCGCUGAUGAGAACAGCGCUGAUCUGGUUAUUUACAGCUGGCAGGUUUUCUUUCUGUUUCCCUACACAUACAUGAUACACUGUAAAUGAUCUUUAAAGAAGAAAAAAAACUUGAAUGCUUUAAAUUAAAAGCUAGACGGACAUGUAGUUAAAGCCAAAUGGUUUUGGUAUGAAGCGACAGUUCAGACUGUGAGCUAACCCCUCGAUCUAAACUUGAGUUUUUUUUAGAGUCAGUAUUAGGCUCCUCAAAGCACGAGCAGUCGCAUCAGGUCACGUUUGAGAGCGUCGUUUUGUGACCAGCAUUUGAAAGAGGGGUCAAAUCUGUCAGCGCACACUCUGGUUUUCUACUCAAAGACAAAAAAUAUAACGGUAAAUGAUUUAGUUUAGAGUCCGUGACAACAGCAUGAACAUGGUCUAAAAUCGGACCGGGACUGCUGCUCUAAAAAAAUAAAUAAAAAAGAGGCUUUAUCUUAUGGAAAUCUGAACCUGUCCUGAUUCAUUCUGUGCCAGUUUAAAUGAAGGGACCAUUCUUCUGGGCAUCUGACAAGACUGGCAGCCUUAAAGCUUUUUAAUUUAUUGCAUAACUUUUUUUUCCACUUGUUUUUAUUUUAUUUUUUAUAUGCGGAAAUAUUUAAAUUUGAAAAAAAGAGUGCAUAUCAAGAUAAUGAUUAUUGUAAAUAUUGUUGUUGUGUGUAGUGUUUUAGAAAUUCUAUUAAGGUCUUAAAUCACUACAGAUGCUAGCAUAAAGAACAAGGCUUCGGGGAGGGGGGUUGGCUCGGGGUUUUACUGGUGCCAUUUAAGUGCUUGUGGAGCUUACAUAGUGACAUCAAUGUUUUUACAUCACCGCUUCCAAGCACAAACUUUUUUUUUUAGUGUUUACUUUUUUUCUUCUUUUUCUUUGAGAUACAAAAAAAGUUAUUUUCCCAUAAAGUUAAAAACCUCUCACAAUCUCAGAGAUGCAUUUCCGAGACCCACCCCCACCCUCAAUCCUUAACUUGCUGUGGCAGAAUUAAGACCUCAUGACGGAGUGGGAGAGGCGCUGUGAUUUUCCAAUGGACUUCCUUGUUUCCUGCGUCUCUGACAGCACUUCGAGGUGGGGGUUGGGGUUGGAGGGUACGGUGGAGGUCAUGGGAAAGCACCGCAACAUAAAUUUUUAGCCAAACAAAAUAAGUUUUAUGUUGCAAGACAACAAAAGGCACCCAAACCAGCGACGCAAUCCACUCCAAAAUCUUCAAUUAUUUUUUUUUAUGAAAUUUACCAAUUAAAAGAAAAUAGGGCACAGAUAGCUAAAUUUAAAUAUUUAUUUGAUCACAAGGAGAGGGGAAAAAAUUCUCCUGAAAUUGAAGCCAUUCGAAGCCACUUGUCCAAACUUGAUGUCAGCCUUAUGUGGAUCUGUUUGUGUAUUGGCAUAUUAUCUUUUGAUUAUUACAAUUUGUAUGAUGGAGAUUUUCUUUUUUACCAUCAUUGUUAUUGUCAGUACACCAAUAAAAUGAAACUUGUAAAGAUCAA